UGUGCCCUAAUCGAAAGUUCCAUACUUCCAUAUAUGCGUAUGUCGGUCUCGCUGUCUCUCUGCUAAAGAUUCAAACGCCAUAUCUUGAUGGGGAGCACAGCUAACGGUGCCGCCGCCGAAAGGCGUACAGCCGCCAGCAAUGGCCGGAGUCCCGUGGACAAAGAAGUCGACUUCGCCAACUACUUCAGCACAUACGCUUUUCUUCACCACCAAAAAGAGAUGCUCUCCGACCGAGUUCGAAUGGACGCUUACUACAACUCUGUUUUCCACAAUAAACACCACUUCAUCGGAAAGACUGUGUUGGAUGUAGGUACAGGAAGUGGCAUUUUAGCAAUAUGGUGUGCACAAGCGGGUGCCAAAAAAGUAUAUGCUGUUGAAGCUACUAAAAUGGCUGUUCAUGCUCGGGAGCUUGUUAAAUCAAAUCACCUUCAAGAUGUGAUUGAAGUGAUUGAGGGUUCAAUAGAAGAUAUCACACUACCCGAGAAAGUUGAUGUAAUAAUCUCCGAGUGGAUGGGGUACUUUCUUCUUCGUGAAUCCAUGUUUGAUUCUGUAAUUUGUGCACGUGAUCGGUGGCUUAAACCAAAUGGAAUUAUGUAUCCAAGUCAUGCUCGCAUGUGGUUGGCUCCUAUUAGAUCCGGAUUAGCAGAUCAUAAAAUGAGUGAUUAUGAGGGAUCCAUGGAUGAUUGGCAUGGUUUCUUGAAAGAAACCGAAGCUUAUUAUGGUGUCAAUAUGAGUGUUCUAACAAAACCCUUUUCAAAAGAGCAAAAAAAAUAUUAUUUGGAGACAUCGGUGUGGAACUCUUUGCAUCCAAAUCAAGUUGUGGGAACUCCUGCUAUAUUAAAAGAGAUCGAUUGUUUAAAAGUGACAGUUGAAGAAAUCCUCAAAGUGGAAGCCAACAUUUCAUCAUUAGUCACUAAAGAGGACACACGGCUAUGUGGCUUUGGUGGUUGGUUUGAUGUGCAUUUUAAAGGAAGUGAAGAGAAUCCAGCUGAGUCAGAUGUUGAGUUGACCACAGCUCCUAGUCAAGAUGAUGGCACACAUUGGGGUCAACAGGUUUUUCUUUUGCAUCCGCAUGCACGUGUGAAUGAAGGGGAAGAAAUUUUUGUUAAUUUCUCAAUGACACGUGCGGAAGAUAAUCACCGUUUGAUGAAAGUUGAUCUUGGGUAUUCAAUUAAACAGUCAUCAGGCAAGAUGCUGCCACGUGUUGAUAACAAGUUUUUCAUAGAAUGAGGAAAUAUUCUUUGCUUAAACAAGAAGGAAUCUUUUCAUUUGUUUUUGGCUUUUUUUGUGUAACGUUUGCUAUAAGAAUAGUUGCUAUCUUUUUUUAAAGUUUUGUUUUGUUACAAACUGAAAAUAGAUGUAAAAACUGUUUUAGUUUUAUAUAGAGAAGUACAAUUAUUGCAAUUUUGCUUUA